AUGAAUUUGCUCACCGAUCAUGUCGCCGUGAUUUUGCAAUUCGCCCUCCUGGAGUCCGUCGUUGCCCAGGCCGUUGUCCCUGUCGUCGCUGGUGAGCUUGCUUAUUUUGUUGCCUCGCCAGUUGCCGCCGCAUUUGUCUGCCAGGUUGCUAAGCGCCUCGUGCGUCAUCGGGAUAAAGCUCAGCAACACCUUGGCGUACUUGUCAGCGUCCGCCUCCCGGUACUCUGCGCCCGAGUAAGUGGAGACGUAGGCAUCGCCGAACUCUGCGGAGAAGUCACGGAGGCCACGGCCGACAGUGUCCAGCAGCGGAGUUGUGAUCUUACCGAAGGCUUCGGGCUUCAUUUCACCCAGCGUCUUGAUCAGGUAGUUGAGCAUUUCGGGUAG